AUGGCUCUUUCAAAAUUUCUCGAUCCCAAGUGCGAUCUCACCUUCAAGCGAAUUUUUGGCAGUGAAAAAAACAAGAACAUUCUCAUCCACUUCCUGAACGACAUUUUAGGCUUCACUGACGAAAAUGCGAUACAAGAGGUUAAAUUUCUCAGUACCAUAAUGAACCCAGAAAUUGCCUCUGACAAGCAAAGCAUCGUUGAUGUACUCUGCAAGGAUUCUCAUGGUAAUAAAUAUAUCGUCGAAAUGCAGGUUGCCAGGGAUCGCGGCUUCGAAAAGCGUGCCCAAAUGUAUGCUGCCAAGGCCUAUUCAAGACAGUCGGGCAAUUAUGUUGAUUUCAAAAAAGUGUUCUUUAUUGCGAUUUCCAAUAGUACACUAUUUCCGGAGGAAGUUGAGUAUCUUUCAACCCAUAAUACCCGUGAUACCAAGACUAAUGGGAACUACUUACAAGAUUUUCAAUUUGUUUUUAUUGAGUUGCCAAAAUUUACAAAACAUGCGGUAGAACAGCUAGAAAACACCGUGGAAAGAUGGUGCUUUUUCUUCCGUUAUGCAGAAGAUACUAAUGAUGAGGAUUUGAGGAAAAUCACAGAACAGGAACCAGUAAUAAAGCUAGCAUAUAAUGAAUUAGAUAAAUUUCAUUGGGAUGAGAAAGAUUUAGUGGCGUACGAAGAAAAGAUUAUGGAUGUUUACAAAGAGGAAAAUAUUCUUGCUCAAAAAUUUGAUGAUGCUAUUAAAAAAGGUAGACAAGAAGGCAUUCAAAUCGGUGAAGAAAAAGGUGAAAUGAAAGCUAAAAUUGCAGUGGCUAAAAACCUACUUAAAGCUGGCUUAUCUGCUGACCUAAUAGCUGAAUCUACUGGUCUUUCAGUGAAUGAAAUUCAAAAAUUAAGGAACUAA